AUGUCACCUUCUCAUCCCAGUGUAGACUUUUAUCGAGGUAGGACUCGCGUUGAACUGGUGGUUCCCCCUUGUACGCCGUCGGCACCGCUUCCGAACUCGCUUUUUACCUCAUUUCCCGCUCCGGAGGGGGAUAUCGAGGAUCCCGACGUUGGGGAGGGGGUCCGGCGCCUUGGUGUGUUUGAGCUCCACCAGAUGCUUUUCCCCCCGACAGCGAUGGACGAUACCAGCCAGCUCGCGGAGGAGCACUACGCGGAAAAACUCGCCAACGAGGAGGGGCUGGAAUUGCUCCAGUGGAAUUGGGAGCUCCUACUGGCGCUUUUGUUUCCUUGUUUGUUGGAAGGGGACCCGGUCCCGGCGCCUUCGCGGCCCACCUCGGAAACAUUUCAGGCGGGGGAAAUCGGUUCGAACAAAAGUGAGGAUUUUGAAAAGGACCCCGAGACAAGUCCGGUACCCGCCCUUCACGUUUCGACCAACCCCUCACCCCCCCUUUUGAGGUCGGCUGACGUGUGCACGGCCGCCCAUAUCACCGACGUUGAUUUGGCGCAUCUUCGCGAGCCUGGUAUGAUAGACCGGAUUUAUUAUAGCUAUAUCGUCUUCCUUCGCUUUCUGGGGUGGAAAGUGCACGAUGAAAAGCGAGGGAUGUUGGACCGCCAUCGUAGCUGGCGGCGGCGCUACGAAUUAUUGGCCCCCUUGGCGCUGUCCUCGAAGCCUGAGGACGAUCUCACGGAUGCGUUUUGCAGUGGCGAUGAUAGAUCUUCGCGUAAACCUGCCGAGGCCCUGUCCACGUCUUCCGGGGAUGGGGGGUGUAUAACGCCAUCAGGGAUUGGGCAUGCGCACAGCAAUGGCGUGAGUGGGCGGGUUUCGAGGGCUUCGAAAUCACCCCUCAGGCGGUUUAAGUAUGGGCACUUUGACUUCUAUUGUGACGCCAUCCCUCGUAUGCUUCGUUGUUUUCUAAGCAUUGGAUUUUUAACUAUCUCCGUUCGAUUGGUAGAGUUUAUAAUUGAGGAGAUGGCUGCGGGACGGAUCGAGUUCUUGUAUGACUUAGUUGAGAAACAGGCCCUUCCGGCACUAAAUUCCUGCACAGCGAUCGAUGCAAGCCACAUCAGACGUCUAACAAAAAUGUUCCACAGCCUAACCCAAAGUGACUCGGAUUGA